AUGUUCCUUCCACCAGAGCUCUUGACGCUCUUCUUCCUAGCGAAUGCCGCGGCGGCUGUCCCUCAGGUCUCUUUGCUACCGAACGUCACCGAGAUUACCCCCAGCGAACAGUCGACCGUGUCUAUCCCGACAGAGACAACAGGAACGCUUGACGCCGCUGCCACGGAGAGUGUGCAUCUAGACGGGGGAGACGGGGGAGACGGGCUUGGAGACGUCGAUCCAUGUUUUCCUGUUGUGACCGAACAAUGUUGUGUUAUAGAUCCUGCCAUGUGUGGUACAAACGAUGUUGAAGGCAUUCUCGGGCUUCCGGCUGCGACAGGAUGGGGGGAGACCGAUCCGGCUACCGAUCGUCUUGUGACUUUGACUCCAAUCGAGACGACUAUUACCACAAUUCGACCGACAAUUCUCAAUCUUGAGACAAACACGGCAGCAGCGGGUUUCGAUCUAAAUGAUGCUACCCAAGGGAGUGAGAGAAACAAUGGGCAGCCGUUCUUCGUCACGCAAGCGAAUACAGCCCGUUCUUCGAACAUGCCCAGGCAAACAGUAGACAACAUCGCGGGAGGAGAAACCUCUAGUGCUACAGGAACGACAACACAACAGACGGGGCAGAACAGUCUCCUGCUAAAGAUAGUCUCUCAAUUUGGUGGCACACUGUCGAAUAUCCAGCCCGCAUCUCCAACCACCAAUAGCCUCGCUCAGCCUGUCGCGCCCGCAAGUAACGACAAUGGAGGAAGCAGUGCUCCUGCACAGCCAGCAACUACUCCCGACUCUAACAUGCCGAGCGAUACAAACACCACGCCAGCACCACAGGUAACACCAGUAGUAGGCACUGGCUCGCUUAUAAUUGGAUCAUGGACAGUAACGCUCACGCCUGGUCUAUCGAUCAACCUCGGGGGCAACAUAUAUCCCACAGUGCUAGAAAUUACAACAGACGCCACGGGUAACACUUUGGUCACUGUCAGUUCGAGUGGGACUGCUGUCACUGCUACUGUGCGUGUUGCGCUUACCACUAUGACUGUGGCAAAAUCCGGCUUCGAAGCAAGCAUCACCAAUUCUGCACGUCCAAGUGAGGAAACUGCUGGGUUGGCCACUACCUCCAGUAAGGGGGCUAGUGCGGAUAAAAGAAACGAGCUGGAGUGGUGGAUGGGUGCAGUCCUAGGUAUCCUGGGCUUUGGUAUUCAUCCGCUUGUACCCAACCAUAUAAUCCACCGAACCCGGUUCCGCUUGCUUCCUCUACCCCGCAAACCCUACGUGUCUCCACUCGCUUUAAUUGAAGACCAAGAAUUAAAUUUCUCCACUACACCUACACCCCGAUCUAUAUUCAUCCUCAAAAAUCUGGCAGCAACAUCAAGCACCACCAACAUGUCUUCCAACACCGACAAAUCCGGCAUCACUACUACCUACGGAGCGUCCAAGGACUUGGGGUUCGAUAGCUUCAAAGCUUUUCUAGAGUCGUAUGGGCUGAGAAUUUGGGGGCUGGACGAUGUGGAGGAGGGUAAGGCUAUCAUGAGGGCUAUGGGUUACAACGUGUCGUAA